AUUUGUGAUUCUCCAAACUCUGCGGCGUUCUCAAAGUUGGGACAGUGUGGCUUGUUCUUCGCGCUUAACAUGGAGGACCCUCUGUCAUUCACAGAUGUGGCCAUUGAUUUCUCUGCAGAUGAGUGUGAAUGUCUGGACUCUGCUCAGUGGAACUUGUAUAAGGAAGUGAUGUUGGAGAAUUACAGCAACCUUGUGUUCCUGGGUCUUGCUUUCUCUAAGCCACACCUGGUCACAUUUCUGGAGCAGAGUUCAGAUCCGUGGAGCGUGAAGAGGAAAGCGUCAGCGACCAUCCCUCUAGGAUCAAAACCCCAUAAAUGUAAAGAGUGUGGAAAGGCCUUUGAUAGGAACUCAGUCCUUAUUCAGCAUCAAAGAAUUCAUACUGGAGAGAGACCAUACAAAUGUGAAGAAUGUGGCAAAUCAUUUAACUAUUCUUCCAGCCUUAAACAGCACCAAAGAAUUCAUACUGGCGAAAAACCCUACAAAUGUGAAGUGUGUGGCAAAGCUUUUAACUGUUCUUCAUAUCUGGGUAAGCAUCAAAGAAUUCAUACUGGAGAGAAACGCUACAGAUGUGAAGAAUGUGGUAAAGCUUUUACUAAUUGUUCAGGACUUAUUGUUCACCGAAGAGUUCAUACUGGAGAGAAACCCUACAAAUGUGAAGAAUGUGGCAAGGCCUUUAGUGUUCGCACAACGCUCUCUAAACAUCAGAGAAUUCACACUGGAGAGAAACCUUACAAAUGUGAUGAAUGUGGAAAGACUUUUAAUGUAUGUGAUGACUGUGGGCAGGCCUUUAGCUGUUCUUCAUAUCUGUAUAAACAUCGUCGAAUCCAUACUGGCAUGAAACCCUACAAAUGCAAGGAAUGUGGCAAGGCCUUUUACUGUUCUGUAAACCUUAUUUACCACCAGAGAAUUCAUACUGGAGAGAAACCAUAUAAAUGUAAUGAGUGUGGGAAAGCCUUUAGCAUUUGCUCAACGUUUAUGAAACACCAGCGAAUACACAGUGGAGAAAAACCCUAUAAAUGCAAAGAAUGUGAGAAGGCCUUUAAUAAUUGUUAUAAUCUAAUUCAACACCAAAGAAUUCAUACUGGAGAGAAACCCUACAAAUGUAAAGACUGUGGCAAAGCUUUUAAUUAUACUUCAAGCCUUGCUCAGCAUGAAAGAAUUCAUACUGGAGAGAAACCCUACAAAUGUGAAGAAUGUGGCAAGGCCUUUAACUCGUCUUCGAAUCUUAAACACCAUUGGAGACUCCAUACUGGUGAGAAGCCCUACAAAUGUGAACAAUGUGGGAAAGCCUUUAAAAACUGCUCAGGCUUUACUCGACACUAUAGAAUUCAUACUAGAGAAAACCCAGAUUAGUUCAACCAUGUUGCAAAGCCUUCCAUAAUCAUUUACUGAUAAUUCAACACUAAAGAAUUCAUAUGAGAGGGGAACCUUCGAAAUGAAAGGAACAAGGGAAGACCUUUAAUAAUAGCUCAACCCUUAUUCACCCUCUUCCAUUAAAUGCAGGAGAGAUCUUAUAAUGUGAAGAAGAUGGCCGUGAUGAGCAAUCUAUACUUAUGCAACAUCAAAAUUUUCAUUUUACAGAAACCCUGCAAAUGUAAGUAAUGGGGGGAAUGCACACUCACCACAAGUGAAUUAUAAUCAAACUGUUUAUGUGCAUAAUGACUCGGGAAGGAACACUGUCAAGCACAUAAAACUGAGACGAUCGAACUCUUACAGUAAGAAGGAUUGUAUACAGUGUGUUGCAAGAGCACAUGGAUCUUAAGAGAUAUAAGAGACAAAUUCCAAGAGUUGUAUAGAAUUUUAUCAAAGCAACAAAUACUGCUUAUAAUCAGCAGGAAAAUGUUUGUUUUGAUAUAAGAACUCAUUACACACUUUGGAACCAUGCAGAUAAGUCUGUGAGGACAUCAGUAUGUUAUCAAUCCAAAUUAUAAGCUCAAUUUUGUCAAGUGAUAAGAUCACAAGGACUAGUGAUUUUAUCAAAAGAACAAGACUGAGUCCUGAGGUUUCCGAGUCUUUUUUUUUUCCACAAAGACCAUAGAUACAUUAUUGGAACAUGAUGUUUAUUAAUUUUUGUAAA